AAGCACAUGCCCGUUAGAAGCCUCGAUCAUCAUGGCGGACAAACUAGAAUCAUCCGAACUUAAAUCUGAGGCGAAAGAAAAGGAUGAAAAGUCAAACAAUGUGGAAGCCGAGGAUUCGAAGCAAGACUCAAAUAAUGGUGAAGGUGAAGACGACGAGGAGUCAAGCGGAGAAAAGGAACGUGCAGGACUUUUUGACAAGCCAGUUGUUAUUGAAGGAAAAAGAGCAAGGAAAUCAACAGAAUUUCUUCUUAAUCAGACCGCACCAACAAUUAUCAAAGAGAACAAGCCUCUUAUCUUAGAGGGUAAGGGAGAGUCCCUAGGAUCCAUUGAAAGAACAAAAUAUGAACUUGGAAGAUCUUCUGUAGGAGAGCUGAAACCUCUUCAUAAGCUUUUUUAUGGAAGAGAAGGAAGGGUGACAGAAGUAAAAAGGAAUGUUAGGAAGUUUAAUGGAUUUGCAUUUCAAAAGGAUUCUAAAGAAUAUGAAGCUAAAAAGCUUGGUGUAGAAAGAUUUACAAAUGAUGGUCUAAAAAGACUUUGUGAAAUUUUUGACGUGGAUAAGAAGGGAAAGAGGAGUGAUCUUGUAGAAAAAGUAAUGGAUUUUCUCAUGUCACCAAAAUCAUCAGAAAAAUCAGCACCUGAGCCUGAAGCAAAAAAGGAUGAAAAGAAGAAGAGAAAAAGACCAGAAAAGGAGGGCAGCUCAAAAAGUAAAAAAGAAAAGUCUAAAAAGACGUCAGAAACAGUAGAGAGUGAAGAUGGUGAAGAAAACGAGGAUGAUGACGAGGAGGAGGAACAUGAGGAAGAACCUCCAAAGAAGAAAAAGAAAGUUGAUUCCACACCUAAAAAGACUGAAUCUUCAUCUAAAAAAACCAAAGAAACAAAACCAAAAGGAAAAGAGAAGGAGAAGAGUAAAGACAAAGACAAGGCAAAAUCAAAGAAAAGUGGAGAAAAGACAAAAGCUUCUAAAAAAAGAGACCCUGUUCCUGUAAAGAUAACAGCUCUACAGAAAAGUCCCUCAAAGAAGAAGACACCUAAAAAAGAAAAACCAGCACCAGUUUAUGAUUCAUCCUCUGAUGAAGAACCAUUAGCAAAAAAAUCAAAGAAACAGCCACCCACUGAAAGUGAACUUGAAAAGAUCGUCAAAGAUCUUCUAGAUGGUGCAGACCUUGAAAAGGUCACAAUGAAGAGUGUGUGUAAACAGGUGUAUGAUAAGUUUCCUGAGCAUGAUCUCACAUCUAGGAAGGACUUUAUCAAGGAAACAGUCAGAAAGGUCAUAUCAUGAAAUCAACAACAUGAACACAAGAAAACUUUUUAGCUUCUUUCAAGUCCUAUUCGUAUACACUUUGUUUUUAAACGUCUUUUGUUUUUAAACGUCUUUUGUUU